CUCGAUGGCCAUCUAAUUUCACCUACCACGGCGUUUAUGCUUCUGGCUUUCAUUAACACACUUCGAAUUACCAUCACACGAUUCUCUUACGCUAUUACCUCAGUGUUUGAGUUGUGGAUAUCCUUAAAAAGAAUCAGAAACUUUCUUUUGCUGAAAAAUAUCCCUUCAAUGGGCUUGGAAUCCACUGAGAAGCCUCCUGGCCACCAACAUCGUGUUCAAGAACCUAAAAACAACUUCCCAGAGCUUUAUGUUCGAGGCCCCUUAAAAGCAGAAGAUAAGAGUGAAGAAACAAUAUCCGAAAAUCAAGACUUUGAUAAAAACUUUUCUGUUGACAACGAUACUAUUCGUAACUAUAGAACUGAAUCUACUCAAACCUCUUUAGGAAAGUUAUUAAUUGAAGGUCUUUGGUGUAAAUUUGAUGAACUGGACGGGCCAUAUAUCCUCCACGAUGUCAAUUUUGAGAUCCCGGAGAAGAGUCUGACAGUCGUUACUGGUGAGGUGGGGAGUGGAAAAUCUACACUCCUAGCUGCCAUUGCAAGAGAAGUCGUUGCAUCCAGUGGGAACAUAACCUACUCCGGAAAUGUGGCUUAUGUCUCUCAAACUGCUUGGGUUUUCUCUGGAACACUCCGAGAAAAUGUUUUGUUUGGGAAGCCUUUCGAUGAAACAAAAUACAACAGGGUGAUUCAAGCUUGCACGCUAACUAACGACAUAGGAAGAUUUCCAAAUGGUGACCUCGUAUUUGUUGGAGAACACGGUGUCGUGCUGAGUGGCGGCCAGAAGGCUCGCGUUAAUUUGGCUCGUGCAGUAUACGCCAAUGCUGACUUAUAUUUACUCGAUGAUCCUUUGAGCGCAGUUGAUUCUAAAGUUGGUGAUCACAUAUUUUUUGAGUGCAUUUGCAACUUGUUAAAGAAUAAAACAAGAGUCCUAGUGACAUACACAGAAAAGUACCUUAGGAUGGUUGACCAGGUUGUGGUUCUCAACAACGGAUCCGUCUCAGGAAAAGGCACUUACAGCGAAUUGAAAGAAAGGGGAGUAAUUAUUGAUUCUAUAAUAGAUGCUGGUAGUGCCAUGGAAAAAAAGACCACCACUCCUAACAAAGAAUCUAGCUUACGUCAUAACGCAAACCGAAGCCAAUUCGAUAAGCCUUUGCCUGUAUCCCAUGAAGAUAUGGCAACUGGGGAUAUCUCCUCUUCCUUAUAUUGGAAUUAUUUUAGAGCCGGAAUGCAUCCAUUUUUCAUGAUUCUUUUACUUCUUCUUUUUCUUAUGACGCAAGCUCUUCUUGUUUCACCCGACGUCUGGCUUUCUUGGUUCACUACUAUUCAACCUGCAUCGGAACAACAGUCAUUGUCAGCACUGAGUACUUACGCUGCUCUAGUGUUCGGUGCUUUCGCUAUGGCCAUCAUCCGUGCCGUCAUAUUCUUCAGUGUCUCCCUCAGAUCAUCUCAAAAUUUGCACAGCCGGCUCGUUACCUGUUUGCUGAAAGCCCCAGUGUUAUUUUUCGACACUAAUCCUGCGGGACGCAUAUUAAACAGAUGUUCCAAAGACAUUGGUUGCAUGGACGAGUUACUUCCCAGGACGUUUCUAUCAGCCAUCCAGUAUUUUUUGUUUAUAUCCACAGCCAUGCUGCUACCCUUGUUAACGAAUAUUUGGCUCUCCAUUGUUUCGGUUCCAGCCGUGGUCAUUUUUCUAUGCUUAACGUGGUAUUACUUGAAGACUUCCCGUGAGCUCAAGAGGCUCGAGGCUAUUUGUCGAAGUCCCGUAUUAUCGCACUUUUCAGAAACCAUGAUCGGCUUAGAUACAAUUCGCAGUCGAAAAAGAGAAAACGAUUUCAUCGGAGAGUUUUAUAGGCAUCAAGAUUUACACAAUCGCGCGUUUUCCAUGGUGGUAGCCAGUAAUCGGUGGCUUGGUUUCCGUGCUGACGUACUUUGCGCAGUAUUAACAACUGCAGUGGCUUUUGCUUCUGUUUUAGCUUCUCAAAACCCAGCUUUGGCUGGUCUGGCGCUUGCCUAUGUUAUUGACGCGGCAAAAAUCUCCCAAGUGGCUGUUAGACAAUAUGCUGAUGCUGAGAACCUUAUGACGUCUGUGGAGCGAGUCCUGGAGUACACGCGCCUCGACUCAGAACCUGGAUACACCAUCAAAACACUUCCUCCAAAACACUGGCCAUAUGAUGGUCAUGUGAGUUUUAAAAAUGUUUACAUGAGGUACUAUCCAGGCGGACCGGUAGUACUCAAAAAUUUAACUUUUGAAAUCCAGCCUAGGAACAAGUUGGGAAUCGUAGGUCGGACGGGUGACGGGAAGUCGUCCAUUAUAUCAGCUCUCCUACGCAUGCCUGAGGCCGAAGGGGAGAUAUUUAUCGAUGGUGUAUGCAUAACAGGUGUUCAACUUCAGGAAUCGCGGAAAUGUAUCUCUGUCCUCGGCCAAUCCCCUGUUCUCUUCAGUGGAUCGUUAAGGAGAAACUUGGAUCCCUUAGAGGAGUACACAGAUGAUGAACUAUGGAGUGCUAUCAAAGAGGUGAAACUCACCAGUUUGGUUGAAAAUCUAGACGGUCAACUUGAUCACCAACUUUUUGAGGGAGGCGAAAACUUGAGUAGUGGUGAGCGACAAUUAAUAUGCUUGGCUCGCACUUUGCUUAAGCGAAGUAAGAUCGUUAUUUUGGAUGAGCCAACGGCGCACGUGGAUCCAAAUACAGAGAAAACCAUCUGGUCAACUGUGCACGAGAAAUUGAAAAACUCAACGGUCAUUAUUAUUGCUCAUCGUUUAGCCACUGUUAGUAACUGUGACGGUAUCUUAUUGUUAAGAGAAGGCCAGAUUGUUGCUCAGGGCACCGUUGAUGAACUCAUUGGAUCUCAGAAAGGGUUAUGAAUACAAUCUUUAUUUUCAAUCGCAGUUAUAAUUGAACGAGGUCUUCAGAAGCCUUAAGUAACCUGACUGACCAACGCCAAAGUAUUUAAUGGAGAACAAAAAUGGAUUUAAUGUUGAUUUUUUUAAAUUUAUGUACCGUAAUAUGUAUUCAUAUAUUGUUGAUUAACCUUUGGAAAUCUAUUACAUUUUUCUUCCAAUCAUAGUUAUAUUGUUGUAGCCUGAGAAAUGAAAGGAACGUUAGGUUGAAAUCGAGGGAAAGUCUUUCAUAGAACAUGUAGGUAAAAUUAUCAAAUGAUGAAAAUAAAAAGGGUCAUGAUA